AGGUUAGAAAUGAAAUUUGACAAACGACCGUUCAACAUUUUUGCUGUGUCAACUCGGCGAAAAGGAUUUAUUUUGUAAAUAUUUUAUAAAAUAAAAAUAGUAGUAAACAUUUUAAUAUUUUUCUGUGAUAUUAGAAGAUAUAUCUUUUCUGUUAUAUUUACUAUGCCGCAAUAUAAAGUCAAAGUUAAAUGGGGCAAAGAAAGCUUCCCAGAUAUAGAGGUUAAUACCGAUGAACCCCCUCUUUUAUUUAAGGCACAGUUAUUUGCAUUGACGGGUGUUCAACCGGAAAGACAAAAAGUAAUGAUUAAAGGCGUUACACUCAAAGAUACUGAUUGGAAUAAUUUCAAAUUAAAAGAUGGAGUUACUGUUUUACUGAUGGGUAGUAAAGAAGAGGAUGUACCAAAAGAACCCAUUGAAAAAACAGUUUUUGUAGAAGAUAUGAAUGAAAGUGAACUUGCUACAGCUUUGGAAUUACCAGCAGGUUUAACAAAUUUAGGAAAUACUUGUUACAUGAAUGCAACUGUACAAUGUCUAAAAGCUGUACCGGAAUUGAGGGAAGCUCUACAGAGUUAUCAAGGAGGUGUAGCAGCUGGUAGUAAUGUCAUCCCCUCCCAAUCUAUAACAGCUGCCCUUAGGGAUCUCUAUAACAACAUGGAUAAGGGUAAUACGGUUCCUCCCAUAGUUUUAUUGCAAGUUCUUCAUAUGGCGUUUCCCAGAUUUGCUGAAAAGAAUGAACACGGGACGUUUGCUCAACAGGACGCCAAUGAAUGUUGGACUGAAUUGAUUAGAAUGUUGCAGCAAAAAUUACCUUCAAAACAAAACGAAGGAAGCAGCAAGGAACAGUUUAAGUCUUUUAUAGAUCAAUAUUUUGGAGGGACGUUCGAUGUGGAGUGGAAGUGUGUUGAAACUGAAGAUGAGGCUGUUUCAAAAUGUAAAGAACAGUUUUUGCAGCUCAGCUGUUUUAUAUCUCAAGAUGUCCGGUAUAUGCAUUCGGGAUUAAAGAAUAAAUUGCAAGAACAAAUUACUAAAAAAUCUUCAACUUUAGAUAGAGAUGCCCUUUAUACGAAAACGUCAAAAAUAAGUAGGUUACCUGCGUAUUUGACUGUACAGUUCGUGAGGUUCUACUAUAAAGAAAGGGAAUCUAUAAAUGCAAAAAUUCUUAAGGACGUUAAGUUUCCCGUGGAUUUUGAUGCUUAUGAUUUGUGUACACCGGAAUUACAAGAGAAGUUGUCACCUAUGCGGGCUAAAUUUAAGGAAUAUGAAGACGCUCUUGUAGAAAGAGCAUCCAAAGAGAAGGAUAAAAACAAUAAAGGAGACAACAAGGAAGAAAAAAAGUACGAACCGUAUUGGUUCGAGGAUGAUCUGGGAAGUAACAACAGUGGUUAUUAUACGUUACAAGCAGUUUUAACUCAUCGAGGUAGAUCUUCUUCGAGUGGACAUUAUGUCGCGUGGGUUCGACAAUCCGGAGAAAAAUGGAUAAUGUGUGACGAUGAUAACGUUUCACCCGUUUCAACGGAAGAUAUUUUAAAAUUAUCCGGAGGAGGUAAAAACUCAAUUAUACCAUUUUAUUGGUGUGUGUUUGGUGUAGUUUUAGAAAAAAAAUUGUUGUUCAAGUAUUUUUUUGUGUUAACAAUACUUGUAAUAAUAAAUCAAGUUCAUUGUUUCGCUAAAAUUUAUGACAAUAAUGGAACAACAAGACCCGAUGCUGCCAAAAAGUAAUCUAUAGUUCAAACUUCAUCUGGUGAUACACAAAUCAGAUCAGGCCAUUUAGACAAAAAUACAGGAAUCACUAGAUAAGAUUGAGUCUAUCAACUGAAUUGCAGUUGAUUCUAUGGAAGAAAUGUUGAAAUUCUCAUCCAUUUCUUUGAGAUCAGAUCCAACACUGUUUUUCAUUAGACACAGAUUAAUUAAGAAGUAACAACAUUCAAGCUGUUCACCUGAUGACAUUAUUCAUUGAACAGAAACUAGAGUUUUAGUGGAACAAUUCCAAGUUAUCAACUCUUAAAUGUAAUGUAAUUUUGAUGGAACAAGGAUUCUGUCAACACCAAUUGAAACAACUCAAAUGAUGUGGAAUGUUAGUACAUUAAAUCCUUGCCAUCAGACGUUGAAAGGGGUUAGGUUAGGUAACCCUGAUGGAACAAGGGUUCUGUUUACACCUAGUGAAACAACCAAAAUGAUGUGGAACUUUAGUGUGACAAAUUCAUCUCAUCGGGUCUUGAAUGUGCUGUAACAAGGGUUCUGAAACAACCCUAAUGUAAAGAGUAUCAAUUUUACGAGCAAUUGCAAAUUCAAUGGUAAUUAUCAAAUUCUUUUUCAGGUGACUGGCAUUGUGCUUAUGUACUACUUUACGGUCCCAGGUUGUUGCAGUUGAAUUAUUUAGCAGAAGAAAAAAUGGUUACUGAAUAAUCAAAUCUAUUGUCGCAAUAUUUUUGAUGCUUUAAAUAUUUGUAUCUUUGUAAUCAUCUUCGAGGUAACGAAACUUACCUGAUUUUUAUAAAUAAAAUAUUUUUUUUCUUCUA